UAAAGCCCUAGUUAUUAACGCCCGUCCAUCAGCUUUAUCAGCAGCUGGAAAUUCAAAACAUAAUCUUCUCUUCUUCUCUCUCUCCGCUCCAUUCUUCGAACCCGCCGAUGUCCGUUGCAACGAGGGUGCAGAGGCAUUAGCAAAUACACUUUUGGGUUCUGUAAGUGAGCUAUCUACAUUUAAGUACCAAUUCUUCAUUGGUUAGAUUAAGUUGAAUGAAGCAGCUGGUUACUGGGUAUUGAUUAUAUCCUCCGCUUUAGAGCUUUGAAGUAUUCCCCGUUCCUAUUUAAGUCUGAGAGUGAUUUGAUGGCGUAUACAUUGACCUUUCAGAAUUAUACGGUAACAGCUCAUGGUCUGCAUGAGUGUUCUAAACAAGAGUAUGUUAGUACUUGUAUAGCCCAAUGCCCGAUGGAAAAACCAUCUGCUUUACACUUGAAUUGUUUGUGCAAGUCUAGUUGCAGUAGUUCAUAUAGCUGUCAUUGGAGUGCAAAUCUUGGUUUAUUCCGGAAACUACGAGUUUUACAUUGUAGAGGAGUGCAGAGGAGUGUUUGCAUUGAUAGAGUUGAUGAUGCAUACCAAGAUGAAUUGGCUUUGAAUGGCCAUGAGGUAAAGGUUGAGAGAAAUUUGUUUGAGCAAAUGACUAAAAAGAGGCUCAGUUCUCAUAAUGGUUCAUCGUUGUAUCUGGAUGGGCCCUUUGUUGGAAAUGAUGGAGAAACCAACAAUGAGAUCUUACAGAAAUUCUGCAACAAGGGGAAGUUGAUGGAAGCAUCUAGGUUAGUUGAUAUUAUGGCUCGUCGAAACCAGAUUCCAGAAUUCCAUUGUUGCAUAAACUUAAUUCGUGGGUUUGUGAAGAUCGAUCGAUUGGAUAAAGCUGUACAAGUCCUUAAAAUCAUGGUGAUGUCUGGUGGUGUUCCCGAUGUUAUUACGUACAACAUGGUUAUUGGUGGUUUAUGUAAGCAAGGACAUUUAGAAUCUGCCAUUGAGCUCUUGGAUGAUAUGAGUUUGAGUGGUUGCCCUCCUGAUGUGAUUACGUAUAAUGCAGUAAUCCGCUGCAUGUGUGACAAUGGAUAUUUUGAUCAGGCUGUUGAAUUUUGGAAGGAACAGCUCAGAAAAGGAACUCCUCCUUAUUUAAUAACUUACACGAUCCUCAUCGAGCUAGUCUGCAAGCAUCGUGGAACACUUCAUGCUAUUGAAGUAUUGGAGGAAAUGGCUGCUGAGGGUUGUUAUCCUGAUCUUGUCACAUACAAUUCUUUGAUYAAUUUAAACUGCAAACAGGGAAAAUUUGAAGGUGCAACUUUAGUUAUAAAUGAUCUUCUUGAUCAUGGAAUGGAACCCAAUGCUGUGACUUACAACACCCUUCUCCAUUCACUAGCAAGGCGCGGGCGUUGGGACGAAGUUGAUGAAAUCCUAACAAUCAUGAGUCAGAGUUUCCAGCCUCCAACAGUUGUCACUUACAACAUCUUGAUUAAUGGUCUGUGUAAAAAUGGACUUCUGGAUCGUGCCAUCAACUUUCUCAACCAAAUGUUUUCCUAUCAUUGUUUACCCGACAUUAUAACGUACAACACUCUACUUGGUGCUCUUAGUAAGGAGGGAUUAGUAGAUGAGGCUUUUCAAUUACUUCACCUUUUAACCGGCACAAGCUGCUCUCCCGGUUUAAUUUCUUACAAUAUUGUGAUUGAUGGAUUAUCAAAAAAGGGUGAAAUGGAGAAAGCAAUGAGAUUGUACAGUCAAAUGAUUGAAAAUGGGAUAGUACCAGACGAGAUCACCCAUCGUGCUCUAAUUUGGGGGUAUUGUCGAGCGAACGAAGUCGAAGAAGCUGUGGAGAUAUUGAAGGGGUUUAUCAAGAAAGGACGCAAAAUCAGUAGUAGUUCUUACACAUUUCUGGUUCAUGAACUGUGCAUAAAUGAGAAGGUUGAUCUUUCUAUACAAGUGCUGGAAGUGAUGUUAUCAGCUCGAUGUAAACCGAACGAGACAAUUUAUUCUACUAUAAUUAGCAGCAUAGCAUCUGCUGGUUUUAAGGACCAGGCGGACGAGUUACGUGAGAAAUUGAUAGAAUGGAAGGUUUUAGGUAAGGAAGCAGUUUAAAACAAAAUGUUUUUUUUUGCAGAUUAGGCAAUAGUUAGUUCCUCGGGAAAGUUAUACAGUAUGGUUAAAGUUCUUGUUAGGUGAAUCCUUAAAUCUUGUCUCCUUCAAUGGAAUUUACCAUCUUCUUUUCUACAAUAA